AUGGCCCAACCAUCUAUCGACCAGUACGAGUCUGCGCAAUGGAUUGGGUCGAAGCCACCCUUCCACGCGCACACCUGCGGCGGUGGCCGCCGCCACGUAUCGUCAGCCCGACCACAUUCUACCGCGCUACGGCUCAUCAAGCUGGGAGCCGUCGUGGCUCGCACCCAGCUCUACUUCCUUGGCGAUGACGCCCAAGGCUGCCCCGUCUGUGGUGCUCCCGAGACGUACGAACGUCUGCUCGGCUGCGAAUUUGUCUCCACGGUCUGGGCCGUCUUUCGGCCGCUCGUCGACGCGCUGGAGCUGGAACUCCCCUCGACGCUGUCUGCGCUCUUGUUUGAACCGCUGCUGGUGAGUGCUCCACACCGUCUGGCUCGCCUGAAACGACCGAGUCUUCCGUCCCGAGGUGCCUGA